AGCGGAGUCUCGUCCAGCAGCAUUCCACAACCUGCUUAGGACACAGACACACAGCACACACACAAACAGGAUGGUGACUGUGAUGCUGAGGAGCACAUCCAGGAUGAGGAGAAGCUCGAUGGAGAAGACAAGAAAGAAAUGGCAGGAGAAGUUCGUGAAGGGUAGGAUGGGUCCGUACGUGUGUGUGACGCCAUGACGCACCGCGUGCGUCUGUUUACGGACGUAAACACAGCUCAGUUCACGUGGAGGGAAAACCGACUAUGGCACCGAAACUGGAGCGUUUUGUCAGCCCGGGAAAGGGUAACGGUCUGCGGGCGACAGCCAGCAUCAGAAGGGGAGAGCUGGUGUACUCCGCCGAGCCGCUGGGCUGCUGUGUGUCCAACAAACUGGUCAGAGAUGUCUGCCACCACUGCUACACACGACAUCAGACCUUGUUGAGGUGCUCCCAGUGCAAGAUGGCUCGCUACUGCAAUAUCACUUGCCAGAGACAAGCAUGGUCUGACCAUAAGAGAGAGUGUAAACGUCUGAGAAGCCUCCUGCCGAGAAUUCCCACCGACUCGGUCCGUCUGGCUGCGAGGCUUAUCUUUGCCUUGUCAAGUCCACCUAAGAGCAGCAGUGAGGAGCUCUACACUUUGGAGGAGCAUGAAUCACACCUGAGUUCUGUGUCUGAGGAGAAAAAACAUGGUCUGUCUCAGCUGGCAUCCAUGUUAGAGUUGUACCUGCAACAGGAGCUUCCUGACCCGGCACAGGAAAUGACAGCAGCACUGCCACCUUCCUGUAGGGAGCCACUCAGCCUCAUUGCAAAGGUGACAUGUAAUUGUUUCACCAUCAGUGACGGAGAGCUGCGAGAGAUUGGCGUUGGGCUGUAUCCUAGUUUAUCUCUGCUAAACCAUGACUGUAGGCCAAACUGUGUGAUGGUGUUUGAGGGAACAAAUCUGCAGCUCAAAGCUGUUCGGGAUGUCAACCCUGAAGAGGAGCUAACUAUAAGUUACAUCGAGACGUUGUCGUUGACUGAAGACCGACGGAGACAGCUGGAGGAUCAGUAUCAUUUUACCUGCCACUGUCAGCAAUGUGACUCUCAGGACAAAGAUGGGUUCAUGCUAUCAGGGGUAGAGUCCUCAUGGCGCCUGCUGAAGGAGGCUCUGCCCAAACUGGAAGGACUGAAAGCAGAGUCGGAUUGGCAAACAUUGCUGGAGAGCUGUCGUCAUCUAUUAUCAACUGUUGGUGGCGACGUGCCUGAUGAAAAUCUGUAUAAACUCAGGAUGACAGAUAUGGCUCUAGACGCUUCCAUUCACCUGGGACACUGGGAGGAAGCUGUGGGAUAUGGAGAGAAAACACUUCCAGCAUACAGACAAUACUACCCUGAUCCCCAUCCGGUCCACGGAGUCCAGCUGAUGAGGGUCGGAAAGCUGCAACAUUACCUGGAGCACACUGAGGACGCUUUGGACACAUUCAAACAGGCCUAUCAAAUCAUAAAGCUAACGCACGGAGACGAUCACCCCAUGACCACUGAUCUAUUGAUGAAGAUGGAGGAAUGUCGCACUGAGAUGGCUCAGCAGGCAUCCAACAGCUGCUGACACUACCCCCACCCCCCACCGCCAAAAAACAGACUGCUACAGGACUCUUGUAACUUAGUGGACUAAUUCCAAUUAUUCCCAUCAUCCAAUCAUUGGUUUUAUAGAGAAGUGUUAAGAGUUUUAACUACUGUCAAUAACAUCUGAUGACUUGUCAGAAAUUAAAAUCG